AACAUUCCUGCCGGUGGUUGGAGGGACCAGUCGCGUCUGUAUGGCAGCCACACCUCUGUCAGUGUCGGUGACUCUGGAAGGCGCUGUACAAGUGCGGGUCGGGUAGGUGAGCAGGAAGUAUGCAAUAUGAGGCUGGAACAUCAUCAUAGUGCAGUGAGGUGUCCUCUAACAGGAUAAUCUGGUGAACAGGAACCGCUUAGGAACCAGGGCUCUCUGGUGUCAUUUACUGAUGAAUGCAAGGAAGCAUGCUCCUGAUGGAGAUAAAGUGUCGGAGUAUCCAGCUCAUGCUGAAGCAGGAGUUUCUCUUCUGCUGCUCUGGUCUUCAAAUGCCUCUUCAUUUGCCUCUUUGAGGCCCUUGGAGCAUCACCUUCUUCUGCCUGAAAAAUUAUAGAAAAAAAGGACAUGGGUGCAUGAUUAAAACAGCGCUUCAUCAGUAGCAGAAUGCAACUAUGGUUCAUCAGAAGGGCUGGGCGACGUGGACCAAAACGUACAUCUUGAUAUCUUUUAGCUGAAUUCUGAUAUACAAUAAACAUCUUGAUAUUUUUCCUCCUGUAAAAUAUUCACAAGCUUAGAGCUGUGUUGAGAAAUGAUAUACAUAAUCUCAUCAGCAGAUUACAUUAUAAAGGUAUUGAUUAUUGCCAAAAAUUACGCUUAAGGUAGUUUUCCAGGAACACCACUCAGAGCAACUCGGACGACGCAGCUCGGCCCGGCCGCUGUUCCCAAGGGCACGGCUCGGCAUUUUUCCUCUACUCUCUCCUAUUUUUGGUCCCUGCUCUGUUGAGGUACCUGGCAGGGCCAACAUCAUCACUCCGGUCACAGAUUGGGUAGGGGGCGGGGUCACUGAUUGCUCCGCCUGCAGCUAUUUCCUGGUUCAGAGUCUGACAAAAAGCCAUAAAACUGAGCUAAAUGUCCAGCAACACCACCAUGUUUGUGCCGAGUUGUAUUUCUGAGGGGCAUACAAGUUACCUUAAACUAAAUGUUUUUGAACGUGGUAACAUAACUUUUGUACGUCGUACAUCCAGCCAAUCAUCUAGUGUGACAUCAUCGACAGGCGCAGGACUCCAAACCCCGCGCUCUAUGUACUUUAGACCCGUUAUGGUUAUAUGGUUUAAAUUUGCAAUGACUGGAGUUCGUUUUAAUCAUUUUCAACAACAUUUCGAUGGAUGUUUUCAGAGAUUAAUGGUAAAAAUGUGCAUUGUCACUUUAAGGAAGACAGAACGGACUUCUCCAUGUGUCUUUUGCCUCACCCACAUGCUCAGAGAUAUUCUACAUUCCUGAGAAGGCUGUGUGAACAACACCUGGACGUAUGGGGCUGAGCCGACACUACCGACUGGGCCAGAUGUUAAAAUGCCAAAAGAAUCAGAUGGUUGCAGAAAAUGGUGCAACAUCAGACCAUGACGUACGUACGCACACUCACUCAACAAGAACAGAACUGGAUUCUAAUAAAACAUGUCAAACUUCAUGGAACUUUACUAACUUGAGAAAUGAUAUAAAUCCUCAGCAGAUUGCAAUCAUAAAAAUGCAUUGAUUGUUGUUGAGCCCCGCUGUGAGGGCUGACGGUUCGUAAAACGCCAGGGCCGAAUUCUGGUCCCAGUCCACCCUGGACGAGUACAUUAACCUUCCAUUAAGGGUAGGUUGGAUUUUGCUACAUGUAAGUCUUGUGCUUCCAACAUUUAGUCUUUCAGUUUGUGCUGUAAUCCUGCAGCAGAGGUGAUUUUAUUACAUAGGAGGUUGUGUAGCAAGUAAUCACCCUAAACCAUAGUCUAGGACAUCACUCAGCUGCUGUGGUCCAAACCUCACAAAGUGAGAAACAGAACUGAAUUGCUAGUCCCUGAUAUGUCCAGUCUCAUAAUCAGGUGAGGACGAGGGAGGAGCAGCACUCCCCCUUUCAUUCCCUCUAACCAACAGGCCUUAUCACCAUCAAUCUGACACCAUGUUUAUCUGACAGUGAAGGCAAAUCUGCUGGCCUGGGAGAAAUGUAUACAAAGAGCAUUGGUCAUCAGCACUUUAAUUGUUGUAGUCCUAAAGGUCGAAUGGGCUACUGGCCCAUAUAUCCCUGCACCCCCCUUUCCACGACCCCCAUGUCAUGUUUGUCUCAGAACGUUGACGGCUAGUCUGAAGGCUGGCUGGACUUUUAUGUCUCUGUUUCUUGUUACUUAAAAGCUCGUUUCUUCAGCAAAACUCAUUUGUGUUUUAGUUUGUGAGUUUUAGUGUAUGGAGCAGUUUGCAGGGAGUUGUUCUGCUCAUUUGUUUGUUUUUUAACUCAUUAUAAGCAACUCCUAGUCAGCUGAGCUCUACCAGGACAUGUUAAAUGAGUAGUGUCUCAUUCUUGUUAUAAAAGAAGACAAAGACGAGCUUUUGCUAACAUGGCCUCUUUUAAACUGGAUUUUCUCCCAGAGAUGUUGGUGGAUCAUUGCUCUUUGAGUCCUAAUCCCAGUGGAAAGAAGAUUCAUGGAUCUCUGGACCAUCCUGACCAGCCGGACAUUGAUGCCAUCAAGAUGUUUGUGGGACAGAUUCCACGGUCUUGGGCUGAGGAUCAACUUCAAGAGCUCUUUAACCCUUACGGAGCAAUCUAUGAGAUUAAUAUCCUACGAGACCGGAGUCAAAAUCCACCACAGAGCAAAGGCUGCUGUUUUAUAACAUUUUACACCCGCAAAUCUGCCCUGGAAGCACAGAAUGCGCUGCACAACAUGAAGAUCUUGCCUGGGAUGCACCACCCAAUCCAGAUGAAGCCAGCUGACAGUGAGAAAAUAAAUGCAGUGGAGGACAGGAAGCUCUUCAUUGGAAUGAUCUCCAAAAAAUGUAAUGAAAAUGACAUCCGACUGAAAUUCUCUCCAUAUGGACAGAUAGAGGAGUGUCGGAUUCUACGAGGCCCUGAUGGACUCAGCCGUGGAUGUGCGUUUGUAACAUUCACAGCUCGACAGAUGGCCCAGUCAGCCAUCAAGUCCAUGCAUCAGAGUCAGACCAUGGAGGGCUGUUCAUCUCCCAUUGUGGUGAAGUUUGCUGACACUCAGAAAGACAAGGAGCAGAAACGCCUGGCUCAGCAGCUCCAGCAGCAGAUGCAGCAGCUUUGUGCAUCAUCCAUGUGGGGAAGCUUGUGUGGCAUCAACAGCAUAGGGCCACAAUGCCUAGCACUUUACUUGCAGUUACUACAGCAGGCGACCUUCACAGGGAAUGCACUCAGCAGUCUGCACCCAGUUUCAGGUCUUAUCACUGUGCAACAUCUGGCUGCUCUAGCAGCGGCAGCAACAGGUGCACAAGGAACUUCUUCAAAUUCCAGCAACAUGAUGACAUCUACUAGUUCACUCAGUGCAUUAACAGGCUCAGGUGGGAAAACUGAGCUGUCUGAUUGGCUAAGGCUACAUCAAGACCCAUUACAGCGCGAGGUCACAAGUGCACGCUGUGCUGUCCUUGCUCCUUCAGGUAUGGCAGGACUGAACAGCAACCUUGCAGCUGGAGGUCUUUCUAAUGGCUCAGCUAAUUCAAUGGAGGCAUUGAGCCAGGCCUACUCAGGUAUGCAGCAGUAUGCUGCUGCCUUCCCCAACCUGUACAACCAGUGCUUAUUGUCUCAGCAAAAUUCAUCAGCUGCUGGAAGCCAAAAGGAAGGUCCAGAGGGUGCAAACCUGUUCAUUUACCACCUACCACAGGAGUUUGGAGACCAGGAUCUGCUGCAGAUGUUUUUACCUUUUGGAAAUGUGGUGUCUGCAAAAGUCUUCAUUGACAAACAGACAAACCUCAGCAAAUGUUUUGGCUUUGUGAGCUACGACAACCCAGUGUCUUCACAAGCAGCCAUCCAGUCCAUGAAUGGUUUCCAAAUUGGGUUGAAAAGAUUGAAGGUGCAGCUGAAGCGUUCGAAAACCGACAUCAAGACGUACUAAAGCUUUUAGGCAGGGCGGCACUGUAGUCCUACUGAAACCAGCUUAAACUGGUUCAUUCAGCUCUUUACCCGUUUCUUGUUAACUUGUUAAAACAAACGGCCAAUGUCACAGUUUUCUUUUUCAUUGUUUCAUUUUUUAUCAAGUAAAACAAGUUACAUCCAAGUUUACAUUGUGUGAUUUUGCUGUGCCAUGACUUCCUUUUCAGAUGUGUUGCUUGUUAUCUAUUGAAUGAUAAUCUGUGUAUUCAUUUGUUUUCCCGCCGGCCACACAGAAUAAAAACGUUUUUUUAAAGCUGCCAGCAGGAAUCAGUCAUUUCUCUAACUUUUCUGUUCCAAAGUUUGUGGGGGGAAACUUUAUCAGCGUGUGCAAAGCCCAGUUUAAAACUAUUAAUUUUAGAACUUGUUGUUUCUUUUUUAUCUUUUUACAUCCCAGUAAACACAAUAAGGGUUCGUCAUUGUAAUCUGUUGUGACAAACCAGAAAAAGAGCAAAUGAAUUGGCUUUUUGGAGUUCUGAACCUACAGGGCAAGUCACCAAAUUUAACAGAAGUGUCAUUCAUACAUGCAAAUUUAUGUAUUUAACUUAAGAAAACCUCACCUGUUACAUCCUUUUGCGAUGCCAUUUUAUUCUGUAAUGUCUAAAAACACUCCAAUCACCUGUUUUCUAUCAGUGUUGGUUCAGUGGAAUUGUAGCUUUGUCUCGUGUGUUGUCUGUGCACGUAUCGGACCCGUAAAAUGUACUCUAUGGAGGAUUUAGGAUUGAAUUAAUUGGUAAUUGGAGUUACUGGUUGUAAAUAUUUUAAACACGUCAAAGCUGACCCACUUUCUUAUAGGAUGGGGUGUUGAAUCAUCUAUUUUGGACAGUCUCCUACAUAUUUAAUGGGAAGGGGACUCUAACACUCGUUUGUGUUUGUAACUCUGCUAGUUAUUUAUUAUAUGUAUGUAUUUAUACUAUAGAUUUAAUUUGACAUUCUAAAAAUCCAUUCUCGUCAAUCCCAUACUGUAAGAAAAUCUAUUCCAUUAAGUAAAAUGUCCUCGUAUUCCUUCCCACCUCUAAAGGUUUAUCAUAUCAUUGUUUUGCAAGGAAUACGUUUUGUUGCUUUGUUUUGUGUCGGAUAGUUAGGACUCUGCUUCCAACAGCAUGUUUUAGAUCUUCUGUUUUGUUUGAUUUAGUCACGAAUCCCUUCUGCAGACGCUAACGACGGCUGGAGAGACAUUUCUCACUGCGAGGAGAUACGUUUUGCGUUUGGUUCUACUAAACAGACACCAGAGGUGCUAAAAACAAGCCCAAACUGUCCCUUUAAAUAAAACGCUGGUUUAAUGUAAGUUUGUAGAUCGGUCAGUAAGUUCACACAUUUGACAUCAUUUUCUGUGGCUAAAUAAACUUAAAAAACAAAGAAAUACGAGGAGCCGUUUGAGAGCUGAAAGAGCCGGAGUUCCCGUCACUGCUGGCAGAAUAAAAACCCGUAGGUAGAUGACUCCUGCCGACAUGCUCAGUCGUCUCCAUGGCUGCGAGUUCUGAUGAAGUACACCGGUCAAAACGUGUAAACUCAUAACACAACCUUACGUCCGAAUGGAAACAGAACCUCAUUAAGUAUUUAAGAAGAGAUGUUUGUUUCAACAUGAUAUCAGAAAGAGACUGUUUGUUUCAACA